AUGAACCCGGUCCGCAAACGCCUCCGACUCGCCCCGUCCCCUCCUGCUCCCCCCCCCUCCUCCACCUCCUCCACCCGGGGCCUCACGCCGUCCAGUCCUCAGCUGAUCUCCCAUGAUGCUUUGCUGCUGCCCCCCCUCCCAGCUCCCGCAUGGGCUGAAACUGAGGAGGAGGAGGAGGAGGAAGGGUACCUGCUGGUGGAGGAAGAUACCACUGACUCCAGCCUCGUCAUCACCAUGGAGGACAGUCAGCUGGAGGUGAAGGCAGCGAGGAGGAGGCCGGUGAGGAAGAGGAGAGGGAGACGCACUGAGGAGGAAGAGGAGCGGGGGGGCAGAGGCUCAGAGAGCGAGGAGAUCGACCGGCAGCUGGACCAAUCACUGGAGACCAAGUCCAAACAACACAACCUGACCACGGUGAACGUCAGGAACAUCAUCCACGAAGUCAUCACUAAUGAACAUGUGGUGGCCAUGAUGAAAGCUGCGAUCAACGAGACCGAGGCCGUCCCUCCGUUUGAGCCCAAAAUGACUCGAUCCAAGUUUAAAGAAGUCGUGGAGAAAGGAGUGGUGAUUCCAGCCUGGAACAUUUCUCCCAUCAAGAAAACCAAUGAGGUCAACAAGCCUCCUCAGUUCGUAGACAUCCAUCUGGCUGAGGAAGACUCCUCUGAUGAAGAGUACCGUCCUGAUGAAGAAGACGAGGAUGAGACGGCUGAAGAUACGUUCCUGGAGAGCGACAUGGAGAGCACGGCUUCGUCUCCCAGAGGAAGUCGCCUGAGCCGCGUGGAGGAGGACAGCGCCAGCCCCUGGCAGACUUCUCGGAGCCGGUCCAGGAUUUUGAGGGUGAGGUCUGUCUCCAUGGGCCCCCCCGCUCCACCCAAAGCAGCCCCCCCCAAAGCAGUGACCGACUGCUCGUUCCUGGAGAAGCUUCACGCCGUGGAGGAGGAGCUCGCCGUGUGUCUGGAGCCGUACCAGCCUCUGCCCGAGCCCGAGGGCGAAGCGGGUCUGAUGGCGUUACGGACUCGCUCCAAGCGGACGCUCCGUGACGUCCCACUGGGCCAGCUGGAGGCGGAGCUCCGAGCACCGGACAUCACACCAGACAUGUACGACUCCAGCUCCGCCCACAAGGACAGGGACUGGACUGAUUGGCUACAAGGCCUGAUGACCUCAGACAUGGAAAAUGAAGAGGAGUGUGAUGAUGACGAUGACCCAGAGUACAACUUCCUGGCUGACGUGGAUGAACCCGACCGCGAGGAUUACCGUGACGACAAGGCUGUCCGCAUCACCAAGAAGGAAGUGAACGAGCUGAUGGAGGAGCUGUUUGAAACGUUAAAGGAAGACCUUGCAGGACAGGAAGGGGACGAUGAAGGUCACGAGGAAGAGGAGGAGCCACAGGAGGAAAUACAACCUGUUCAGGAUCAGCACAGCAUUGGGCUGGUUGAUGAAGAGGAUGGACCAAUCACAGAGCUGCGUACAGUCAAGCAGCAGCUGGCGUGGAUGAGGAACAGACGGCAGACACACACACUGUGUAACACACACAGUAACACACACAGUAACACACACAGUAACACACACGUAUACGGUCCUGAGCCGUACACACUGAAGCUGGACGGACGACAAAAGAGCAGACUGCAGCAGCAUCUACAACAGCACGUCCAGCUGCUGACUCAGAUCCACCUGCUGAGUUCACCUGUGAACAAACUGCAGAGCGAGGCGGAGACCACCCGACAGUUCCUGGCUGAGCUGGAGGUGCUGGCCCACAGAUCCGAGCUGCUCAUGUCCUCGUCCCGUCCUGGGUUCUGCAGCGUCUUCAGAUCCUCUAACCUGCAGGGGGCGCUGCAGCUGAUGGAGGAGCUGCGGCGCACCCCCGUCGGCUACGAGUCGCAGCACCCCCCCCCUGAUGCCAGAGGAUACAUGCGUUGUUACCCGGUGAUGCCGGCGGAGCUCGCCUGGCUCUUCACCACUCGCCCGGUCUUCCUCUACCCGGAGCUGCUGCCCUGUGCCAGCCUGGACCCGGCGCUCUACUGCCCCCGCAGGACCGCCGCCUUCACUGCAGCGGAGGACUGCCUCCUGGUUCUGGGCCUCAGGAACAUGGAAGGGUCAUGUGACCCAACGAAGCUGGUGUCCCAGUUCCUGGUGAGGAAGACUCUGGUGCAGGUGCGGCGGAGGGUCCUGCAGUGCUGCCGCCCGGGGGUCCCUGAGAACAUCGUGAAGGUGUUCAGGUACCACCGGGUGCUGUGGCCGAUGCCGGUGGCCUCUGGUCCUGUGAAUCCAGCAGAGCAGCGCCCCCCAGUGGAGAGAGAGGAGGGCGUCAUGCCUCUGUGGCUGGUGCGGAGUCUUCCUGUCAUAUUUCCGACCAUAAAACGGUACAAUGCCCCUAGUGGCUCUGCCCCCGAGGCCCCGCCCACCUGCAGGGGGUCGCGGCCCCGUCAGAGUCACCUGACCUUCCUACGCUCCGCCUCCAACAAGUACAGCUUCCCCUCGGGCACGAGAUAUCCCCCCCGCCUUCCCAAAGAGCUCGACUUCAAACGCAUCGGCUUUGUGGUGCUGCAGCAGCCCCUCCCGCCUUCUCCUGCUGACUCCUCCCCCCUAGCUCUAAGCCGCCUCCUCCUGACCAGAACUGACGCCGCUGCUGCCGCUGUUGCCCCGGCAACCGCACAGCAAAUCAGACGCCACUAUCAAACUCUUGCAGGCCUGAGGAGGAGAAGGAGAGAGAAGCACAGAGUGAACGGAGAAGCAGUGAGGAGUCAUGUGGAGGCACUUGCUCCUCCUCCUCCUCCUGAAGGCCCCGCCCCUUCUCCAGUGGGGGUGGAGGAGGACGAGGAUGUGCUCAGUGUGAAUACGGAGGAAGAGGAAGAGGAGGGCGAAUUCCGCUUGGCCCUGUCGGAGUCAUCGUCCGGUGCUGCAGGAGGUGUGGCCAAUCUGGAAGACCUGGCCGACCCCAAAGAGGAGGAGUCAGAGAGUGAGCAGGAAGUGACUCACACGCCGGGGACAGCAGAAGAAGAAGAAGAAGAAGAAGAAGAAGAUGAUGAUGAUGAUGAUGAUGAAGAUGGAGUGACGUCCUCAGAUGAAUCCAGAGCCUCCGUCCUCCAGCUGCAGGAGAAAUUUUUGCCAGAAGAAACUGAGGAGGAAGAGGAGCAGGGGGAUGAAGAUCAGAGAGAGGAUGAAGAGUUUGCAAAGGAUUAUCUGAACAGAGUGUGUGGCGUGCUGCAGGCGUCUCCUGGCGUCUCCGAGCAGCUGCUGGCGUUGUUGGAUCAGUUUUCAGCCGCCGGGCCCCUGGGGGCCGGGGGGGCCCCUGAGCGUCUGUACCACCGACUGAGUGGUUUGCUGCGGCCGUGGCCUCAGCUGCUCAGAGACUUCGCUGCGUUCCUGAACGGAGAACAGGCGCGGCGCUGCGGACUGUUUACAGAGCAACAGCUGUUUGAGAGCAGCCGGCGGUUUCUACGGCGACUGGGACAGAGUCUGGGAGAAAGCUCCUCCCUCUACCAGCAGGUGGUGUCAGUGCUGCAGGGAAGCCCCACCCCCCCACCUGAAGACAUGGACAAGAUCUCGUCUCUUCUCAGACAUCAUCAAGACCUGCAGCAGCUUUUCCUGCAGUUGCACUCCCACUCGUCGCCCAUAGCAACCAGCUCGGAGGCCACGAAGGCCGACGCUGUUUCUCGUCCUCACAGGAACAGGAAGGGAGGCGACCAUCAGACCGCUGAAGUGCGUGAGACAGGAAGUGAAGAAGAGGAAAUACAGGAGCGGCCAGUUUGUGCAAGAAACAUCUCGACCACGUCAACUGGAGAGAAGGUCGUCGUCUGGACUCGAGAGGCAGACCGCGCCAUCUUGACUUCCUGUCAGCAGAGAGGAGCCAAAAGGAAAACAUUCAGACAGGUGUCCGCCCAGCUGGGAAACAAGACCGCCCAACAGGUGAGUCUGCGGUUCCGCGACCUGAUGAAUCUUUUCCAGUCUUCAUCGCAAAAGUCCACUUCCUGUUCCUCCGAGGGCCGGCCAAUCAGGAGGCAGGAGCCAGCCCCCGACUAAGCAGUCGACCAACAGCAGAUGAGUCUGCAGUCAACCAGGAAAUGGACUUUGGAGCCAAGAGUCGGAUCCAGAUUUACUUCAUGAGAACUCCACUGAAUCCAGAACUGUCUGAGUCCAAGAACAUCAGUCGUGAAUCAGUUUUAUUGAUUCUAGAUUUAAUUCGAAUGACGCUGAAACGAACCCAGAUUCCAGUUAUUCUAGAAGGAUCCGACUGUACAGCGAAAUAUUAAAGUUCAAAAAGAACAGCAUUGUUUGACAUGAACAGCUGAAAAGUCUCUAGACGUGACUUUGGAGGAUUGUCUGCUUCACCUGAACAGAUCGAAAUGACUUCAGACUUCUAAGGAGAUUUAGUUUUACGUCCAAACUUGAGUCAGUUCUCUUUCGGAACUCUCUACGAGUUAUUGUUAUAGUUCAUCCUCUGAUUCUUGAGUUUUACAUAAGUGUACCUUCAGGCUGCAUCGUACAUUUUUACAAAUCCUAACUAUUUAUUUUGUAUUUAUCGUCUCGGACCUCAUCGAGAGCCCACCCUCCGUGGGUGUGUCUGGAGGCGGAGUCUCAGUUAGUGAAGGAAAAACUGAAAUGAAGUAGAGAGAAGAUCUGCAGCUGUGAACCAAUCACAUGACACAACAGCUGCUCGCUCCACGUGAGACACUGAUCAGGUCCCACAUCUGGAGACUGCUGCUGAUCACAUCUGUAUCAUCGUCCACAUGUUAAACUCACGGGACAGAGACUCGCUGAACGGGUCAGAACUCGUGUGGACGUCACCUGAGCCUCUGGGCUUUUCCUUUUUUUUUUUUGUGCAAAAUCUGUUUGAGUUAGAUCAUGUUCACAGUCACUGUUGCUCUUAGACUCCGCCCACCUGCUGAGCAGUGACAGAACAAAUACAGAACUAAAAGAUAAAACUGCUUAUUUCAUCUCAUGUUUAAAAAUGCUCCAAACAUUAAACAAAGGAUUGUUCUUCCUUUUUUCGUUUGAGUCUUCCCAGGAUGCAUUUGGGUAAAACCAAAUAGUAUCUCCCAUGAUUCAGUCAGUGGAGGAUAUAAUAUCGUUCUGUGAGAUUUUAAAAUAACCAUUUAUUCAUAUUGAAUGUGAAUGAAUGAAGGUUGAUCGUUUGAUUAAACAUUUUUUGCAGACUUUUAAGUAGGUUUUGUUUAUAUUUAGAUAGAAUGAUAACUUGAGCUUUGUCCUUGAUUUACCACACUCCUUUUUUU